AUGCGCAGAGCGAAACGGCCGCCUUCGCCCUACGCGCGGGGCGCCAAACGGACGCAUGCGCAGGGCCGCGGCUGUUGGGGGAUGCGGGCCGGGGUGAUGGCGGCCCUCAUGUACUGGAGCCGGGGGGCGACUUGCACUCCAGCCGGAUUUUUGACUUUUCCACUGACCACAGUUACUGCCUUGAGAUAUGCAUCCAAAAAGGCAGGAGGCAGUUCAAAAAAUCUGGGGGGCAACAGCCCAGGUCGACGUUAUGGAUGGAAGAAGGCAGAUGGGGAUUUUGUUCAUACAGGUAACAUUCUGGCAACUCAGCGCCUGAUUCGCUGGCACCCAGGAGCAAAUGUAGCAAUGGGUCGAAACAAAACUCUUGUUGCUCUUGAAGAUGGCACUGUGUGUUAUACAAAAGAGGUCUACAUCCCUCCUCCUCGCAGCUUAGAGGCUAUAAAAGUAAUCUCUCGCCUCCCUAAGGGGGCAGUCCUCUACAAGACGUUUAUUAAUGUAGUCCCUGUCAAGCAGGAAGGUUACUUUAAGCUUGUAGAUUUGCUUUGAUCCUGUGGAAAGGGUAUAUUACAUAGCAGGCUGGCUGGAGAGGGCAAAGUUUGGUCAUUGUCCUGUCUGGGAAGGGAACACUUUCUUCUGACAACUUUUCCUUCUGGCCCUCAAUAUACUGUUGAAACUAACAGCAGGCGAGAAGGCUACCAGAUGGCUAACUAUUGCAUCAAAGGUGGUUUGUUGACAAGGGCUGUCCGGUUAGCCACUUUUUCAAGCUUUUUAACUCAGCCUUGUACAUGUUUAUUUAACUUUUGACAUGUAACUAUUUUAUCAUGGAGCAAUACUACUUUAGUCCAGACUCUCAACCACACUUUUUGACAAGGGUCACUUGAUCAAAAGGGAAAAUGUAAACAUAGAAUAGCUUCUUGGCUGAAGUCAGCCAGCAUCAUCUGCUCUGUAUACCUUAUUGAAACUGAUCCCAUUUUGAUUCCUCUCCAUAUGUGACUUUCAUAUCUUUAAUAAAUGUUUUCUUUAAAUUCCA